AUGCCUUCUGCUCCCAAGGGCGGAAGUGAGCAGCCGCCCGACAAGCCUGCCAGGUCUGGAAAGGAUAGCAGGAAGCCCCGCAAGGAAAAGCGCCAGCUGGUGCGCUGGGACGGUGAUCUUGAUACCCUGCUGCUCCUCACGGUGCAGUCGGCAUGCAACCUGACCGGGGUCAAGAUUCCCUGGGAGAAGGUUGCCGAGCUCAUGGGAGAGAAGUUCACGGAGGGUGCUAUUGUCCAGCACCUGUCAAAGCUGCGCCUUCGCCGCGAGGCAGCCAAUCAACGUGUGCCUCCGCCAUUGCGCCGCUCUGUUACAGCGGCUGCUGCUAGUAGCAAAGGGACUCCCAAGGCAGCAAAAAAGGAUACGCACAAGCCCAGGGGCCCUACUGCUGACGAUGAUUCCUCGGAUGACCUGGACGCCCAGGAAGAGGAUGAAUCGGAUCCGGAGUACAUCCAGAACAAAAAGACGCACAAGUUCAGAAAAUUUUCCAUUGUCAGCCCCAAGAAGCGCCAGGCAUCGACUCAAAAGCCCAAGGCGGAGGGAGAUGACGAUGACGACCUUAUGUGUGGCGGAGCCCCCUUUCUUCGAUUGAAGCAGUCUGAGCUUAAAUCUGACCAUUCCAACAGCGAUGACGAGGAUUAUGGUGAUGAGGAUGAUGACGAGGAGGAGGCGGCUGACAACGGAGAUGUUGAUGAUUCAGAGUUCUCUUCAGGAACCAAGAUGAAGGUCGAACAGCCAAGUCCCAUUCCUUGGCGAUCGCGCGUUGUCAAGCUUCCAAUGGGCCGACGUCUGGACGAGAAGGCACUAAGGGAGAUUCGUCGCAUGGCCGAGCCGAGCCCGCCCCCUACGGAUCUUAUGCCGCCUUCGGCUCUUAUGCCGCCAUCUUCCGGCAGUCAGGGUCGAAGCGUCAGGACCAACGAACCGGCGUUGAUGUAUGGGACUCCGGAUACCUGGUAUUCUGAUACUGCGGCCAUCGGGCAGCAGUUGCACCACUACCCGUUCACCCCUGGAUACAGUACUACUCACCCGAACCCGAUUCAAAGCAACAUCGAUCCUCUUCUCCUGGGUAGUGAUAUGCAGGGAUCUUACCCGUGGUCUGUGGGAGGUCUCUAUGGACCCCAGUAUCCAGCCAGAGCUGGCCCUCCCCUUUCAAGAACAAUGCCGCAGCCAUGGGGACCGGAGUACAACACCGGGGGUAUCAAUGCGACGACCAUGGACUGGGCGCUUAAUCCUACUAACUUCCAGGAGGGCGACGGUCGCGAAAAUAAAGGUAGUCACCAACAGCAGGACGGCAUGGAGGAGUAUUGA